CCGGCGACGGAUCACCACCGUCCGCCUAUGGAACACCUUCUCCGGAGUAAUUUGGUGACCAACGAUAACAACAAUCCUCAAGCUAUCUUACAAGCUCUCUCUCUGAUCUCCAACCCUUCCACCUCUGACUCCACACUUUCAUCCAUUGCCAAAGUCUUAAUCAUCUCUCUGAAAUGCUCUAACCCUAAUUCUAAUUCGCAUCAUUUUAUCCACCAUCACAUUCUCCGCCUCUUUUCUCUUCUUUUAAAUCGCUGUCCACACCUCCACCAUAACCUCAUCUCUGCCAUCCGUGAAUUCUCUCUCCUCCCUUCAACCUCCACGAGAUUACUUGUUGAUGCCCUCACAUGUCUCUCCAUCUCAGAUAGUAACGUUAAUGAUGAAUCAACAUUCCUCUCUCUUGUUUUUCGUCCUUGUGUUUCUGUUCGUCAUUGGUUACUUUUAAAUGUGAGUAAAUUUGACAUACGGUCGUCAGUUUUGCUUACGGUUCUGCUAGGAUUUACGAAGGACCCCUACCCGUGUAUUCGAAAUGUUGCUUUGAGUGGAUUAGCUGAUUUGUGUAAGUGCAUUGUUGUGGAAGAUGAAAGUCUCAUAAAAGGUUGCUAUUUUCGAGCUGUUGAGCUUCUGUUUGAUUCUGAGGACUUGGUACGAUGUUCUGCAGUUCAUGCGGUUAGUGCAUGCGGGCAGUUGAUUGUGGCUAAACAAGAAAGUAAAGGGGACUGGUCUGAUGCAUUAUUUCUGCAGCUAUGUUCAAUGGUGAGAGAUAUGAGUGUCAAAGUCAGGGUUGAAGCUUUUAAUGCCCUUGGGAAGAUUGAAACUGUUUCUGAAUAUAUUCUCUUACAAACGCUAUCUAAGAAAGCUUCAUCUAUAACAAAAGAAAUGAAUUUUCCUGGCCAGUACUCUGAGACAUUGUUCAGGAUACCAGCAGAGAGCGCUGUUCUUGCUUUUCUACAUGGACUAGAGGAUGAAUUUGAUGUGGUAAGAGUAUCUGCUUGCCGUGCUUUGCAAUCGUUAGCAAUCCAUUCUACUGGUUUUUCUAAUAUGGUUGUGAACUUGUUGAUGGGCAUACUUAAUGAUGAUUCAAUGGCUGUAAAAUUGCAAGCUUUAGAUACUUUGCAUCAUAUGACAAUGUUUCGCCUUCUAAAGGUUCAACAACCACAUCUGCACAUGUUUCUUGGGAUUCUACUAGAUAGUCACAGCUUGAUAAGAUGUAGAGCGAGGAAGGUACUAAAACUGACAGAACUGCCGAGCUUGGGUAUGUUCAAAAUGUGUGUUGAUGGACUUAUAAGAGAUUUGGAAUUGUAUCCGCAGGAUGAAGCUGAAGUUUUUUCUGCCUUAUUCAUGAUUGGUCAAAACCACGGAGAGUUUUUAGUCAGACUGAUUAAUGAAGCUUCCCAAAUGAUAGAGCCCUCUUCUGGAGGCAAGUUGGGUUAUGACAAUGUGAGGAAAGCUUCAUAUCUAGUGUUAGCCACCUCUGCUCCAGUCUCAAUGAAGCAGCAAACUUGCAGCAUUCCACCAAGAAUGUUCUCUUAUGCAGUCACACUAUUAGGGAGAAUCUCUCGCAGUUUUGCAGAUAUAGUUGACCAGAGAACACUUUUGGCUUAUCUUUCUUGUUGCAGUAGAUUCACAUUUGUUUCUGCAUCAGAGUUUUUUAAAAUGGAAGAGCAUCGUCUGUUACCUCAUCAGAACAAUAAAAUGGAAGAGCAUCUGGAGGAAGGUGAUGUGCAAUUGACACAAAGACGUGAAAUCUCUGAAUACGACAUUUGGAGGAAAUUACAGCUGAAGGAAGGGGAAAGCUCGCUUUUGGACUUCCAGGUUGAGCAUAAUAAAGAGAGAAAUUGUGUGAAUAUCAUCCUUCAGGUGGUAAUAGACAUUUGGCCAUCACUGAAACUUGGAUUGAUCAAUGAAGUAGCUUGCACACUGAGGAGUUUGAAGGCAGAAUUGGGAACGAGAUCAAAUCACAAUCAUAGGGGUGAGUUAGUGUUUGCUUUGCAAUAUAUAGAUGCCUUGGAACAACUUGGAUACUUAUGGCAUCACUUGGUGUUUUCCAAGGAGUUCUACUUCCAUGAAUGGGGGAAAUUGGAGUGUUCUUUGAAAAAACUGGACAGAUGCCUGAGGGACAUGAGAUAUAAGUUAGUAGGUUUAACCAAAGAGGACAAUUUUCUUAUCUUAGAGUUAAUAAUUGCAAACGGUAUACUGACGCUUUGUAAUAUAGAAGCUUGUGCGAAUAAGACUACUCUAAAGAAGUUGCAUUCUGUCAUGUCUUGUAUUGAGCAUAUUUGUGGAGAAGGAUCCACUGAAUCAUCCAAUUUUGUGGUUGAAGUUCAGAAGUCAUUGAGUGAGAUUGACACCACUAGUAGUUCAAUCUUGGACAAUCCAUAUCUCCUUCUGAAGUCUCUUGAGCAUUUCACUCCAAGAAAGGUAGUUUCGUCGGGGAAUCUCAAAUAUAUGGAAGCUGAACUGCAUUUUCAAGGCAGUGAAUUUCAAAAUCCUCUUCCUUUCAUCUCUGGGCUGCCUGUUGGUUUAUCUUUAGACAUCAAACUCCAUGAUAUCUCGAGCGAGAGUAGGUUGUGGAUAAAAAUGAGCUGUGAAGAGAAACUAACUCAAUUUGUUUUCCUGGAUUUGCAUGAGAUUGAAGGAGACGAUGAAGUGAGGAAAUUCACAUUUGUUGCACCCUUCUACCAAACCCCCAAGGCAAACGGUUUCUCAUUGAAGAUCUGUAUUGUUCUAGAGUGCAUAUCUGACGGUGAUCAGUUGUUCAGGGGCUGUGGAGGUCCUAAGCAUGAAGUUGUCCAUCUUUGUGAAGAAAAAGAAGUGUAUUUUUCCGUUCGAGUUAGGUAA